AUGUCGGGUUUGUGGAGUUUCAGUGACGUUGCUGUUCCACAUUACCAAUGCAUGAGCGGCAACGUGAGAAAGUCGCUGCCUACAGCCGCCGAUGAUUCAUUUCACAGUGCGCCCGAGGAGAUCGGUGCUGCGUCAUUGACAGACCCAAUGACGGCAUUCAGUCUGACGGCUGAUGUGGAUGGAGCCAUCCAGGAUGCACAAAAUGAAUGGCUUGAACGCACAGUGGGCGCUGUGUUGACGUCCCCGUAUCACUUGCGGCUGCACCAACACGAGGCGUUAAAUGUGGCGAGCGCACACCGCGAAGAUUGCGUGAGCCGAGGAGACGGAUGUGGGCUCUUGGACGCGGAGGACAUGGCGGUCGUGAGGAGCUUGUUGAAAUUGAAGGUUGCCGAUGAUACGAACAAAGGCCACACUCGUACGCAUCAUCAUCAUCAUCAUCAUCAUCAUCAUCAACAGCAGCAGCAGGAGCAGCGGCAACAACAACAACAGCGGCGGCGCUGCCGUCCAGCCGCACCUGCNGCGGUCGUGAGGAGCUUGUUGAAAUUGAAGGUUGCCGAUGAUACGAACAAAGGCCACACUCGUACGCAUCAUCAUCAUCAUCAUCAUCAACAGCAGCAGCAGGAGCAGCGGCAACAACAACAACAGCGGCGGCGCUGCCGUCCAGCCGCACCUGCACCGCUAGUGCUGCACACGGCAGAAAUAGCCUCCCGCCGAGGAAAGUCGCGAAACUUUGACAUGAUAACUGACGGUGGCUCGGACGCAAUGAGCGUAGAGGCUCAGAGCAACGUGCCCAACGGUCGGGGAGCACAAGAGAUCGCCCAACCACGGCACAUAGGUUUGAACGCUAAACACGCCCCUGAGAAGGUGAGACUUGCUCCGCCACCAGUGCGGUGCGGCUUUGUAGAGCGCAUGGAAAGGCGAGCAGCACAGCGACGGGCAGCGCGCUCCGCACUGGGAGCUGCUCGAGUGUUGGACAGCUCCGCUAGCGCUUUGCCCACUGCACAGGGUGUGCCAUCUCCAACUGGAGUGCAGACGGCGUUGGUUUCGCUGGGCGAUGCCUUGCCGCUGGAAGUACUGGACGCCUUUGUUUCGAUGGAGAUAGAUCUGGCCGAUGACAGCUUUGCCGACCGUGGCUACGAGUUGGACCGUAUUGCACGCCAGUGGCACUCUGUUCAGCUGAAGAGAGUAGUGUGGAGACGAUGGCGUCGGUUUAAGUGCAGUCAAGCAGGCAAGGGUGUUUGCAACACCGAUCCUGUCGUGGUGAGCAUCACGGAUGACCGUGCCGUAACGGAAGUGCUUCAGGAUGUGCGACAGAUGCGUCUCCUUAGGUGGUACUUUGUCUUGUGGGUUGCGUUUGUAGAGGCGACGCGUAAUGGGUGUAUAGCUGUGAGCUGA